ACUGCCACAAAUACAGUGAAAACAGAUGAGGAUCAAACGGCUUUCAGAUGUUUUCUGAUAUGUUGCAGCAUUUUUAGCAACAAAAGAAAUCUCUGAGGAAAAGCAUUCGAGGGUUAAAACCAACAAUUUUUUUACGCCACAGUGAAAUAGUAUGCUUGCUGGGAACAAAGAGACUCUGCGAGGCUGUACAUGUCAGAGAGGAGUUGUUGUGUUCUUCUCCAACCCAUUAAUGAGUGAGGUUGAAUCUGACUGGUCUCUGAUUCAUGAUGCUGCCUUUAAUGGACGUCUCCUUGCUCUGCAAAGACUCAUUGCUCAGGGUUCCUGUGUUAACCUGAGCACUCUUGACCAGGUGUCUCCCCUCCAUGGAACCUGCAUGCAAGGCUAUGUGGCUUGUGCAAAGCUUCUGAUUGAGAAUGGCGCAAAUGUAAACAUGUCCACAUUGGAUGGACAAACUGCUCUGUCAGAAGCUUGUGCAAAGGGUCAUGUGACCUGCGUAUCGCUGCUUCUUAAACAUGGAGCGACUCCCGUGGGGAACAGUCUGACCAGCUCUCCACUACACAGGGCUGCAGCAAAAGGUCACUCAGAGUGCAUCGAGCCUCUUGUUCAGCACGGUGCAGAUGUGGAUCAUUACAUCGACCAAUCAGGUUCCCCUCUCCACGUUGCUUGCUCCAAUCAGCAUCUGGGUGCUGUGAGGAAACUGCUUCAACUUGGUGCUGCUGUGAACACCUGUGUGUCUGGAGACUCUCCUCUGCACAUAGCUGCUCGUCUGUCCAGCCCUGAGCUGGUGUCUGUCCUGCUUGACCACGGGGCCAACAGCUCUCUAAGAAACUCAGAGGGCAAGCAGCCACUGCACCUUACAGCCCCAAACAGCCCUGUGGAGAGGAUGCUGAGACAGGACGGAGGAGUGUCUCUUCUAAUGCAGCUGUGCCGGCUGCACAUCAGGAAGAUUGUGGGCAAGCAGAGGCUGGAUGGGAUUCAGGACCUCCAUCUUCCCAUGGCAUUGAAACGGUAUCUUUGCUACCAAUAAGACUCAGGGGGAAUUCUGAUGGACUAAGAAAUGAUUGUGAAUAAUUCACUACUCAGUCAGCAGGGGGGGCACUUACACAAUCUGGUGGUGAGAAGGCUCCAUCAUGGCUCCUGGUAAUGGAUGGUGAUUAAUGACAAUCCUCCUCUGUGAAAGACAUCUGUAAACAAACUGGUUCUUCAACUCAAUCUUGACAUUUCUGUGAAAACUCUGAAAACUCUGAGCAAGUAUCUUUGAAUCAUUCAACAUUCCAAGAUGUACAUGAUAAGAAAAAGUUGAGGGCUCAUCAGUCAAUAAUUGAUUAGACUGUCUUUAUCUUUGUUGCACAUUGUAUAAUGAAAUCUGCUAGUAAGUGUAGUAAUAUUAAUUUUAAAUAAAAAGUGAAACAAUAUAUAUUUUUAAUAAGAAGGUGUCA